CCCAAAGCAGCUUACUCUAGGCAGUCACCACUGGAGCUUGUUGUGGAAAACGUGCUUGUUUGGCUGGUUGUCUGCAAACCUUGGACGGGAAUGAAAGUUCUUCAUACCUCGUGCAUACUUUCCCCCAUUUAAUCAUGAGCUUGGCCAUGUUGCACUGGGGACUUCCCUGGGCGGUGGGACCUUUUUUUUACGUACAGUUGUAUGGAGAGAAGCCGAGCGCUACUUCAUUUACAAUGUCUGAUGCAAUGGUCAAGCGAUGAUUGAGCUUGGGACAGUGCUGGAGACAUAUAAUUGGUGGCAUCGACGGAGCGGACUGCGGGGAGCCGGUUGAAGUCAUUUCUCCAAUUUACGACUCGGUUCGCUCCUUGUUCUCCCGAGGACUUACAAGCAUCAUCACAGGCUUCAAGGUUUUAAGUUCCGCGAGUUCCUAAUCAUGUGUAUCCUUCGUAUAGAGGACCGCUCGCCUUCAUUUGGGACAAUCCUCUUCGGGAUCCUGGUGGUUGUCUGAAUUUCAUAUAGCUUGGUUCGAUAUUCAUGGCAGCAAGAUGCAGCUCAUCAGAAUCCUGGCCGCCUUUUCAGGCAUCACUUUGCGAAUGGUAAAUGCCAAACUCGACGCCCGCGAACAGGGUGGAAAGUAUGUGCUGGCCAACGACCGGCUUUAUACCGAGAUUGACAAGACAAAUGGCGUUAUGACAUCCGUACAGCUGGAUGGGAUGGACAUGCUCGGAAGGCCAUCGGGGUCCACCGGUCAAGGGCCGUACUUGGACUGCUACUGUACACCAUCGGGCUUCUGGACGCCUGGAACACAUCGAUCAGAGUACGCCUUCUGGAGCGACAAUGCCACCUGGGCCGGCGUCAGAAUGCGAGACACGCAUCGAGACACAGGCCAGAUCAUGGAGCAGUACUGGUUCAUCCGCGAUGGCGAAACUGGCUUGCAUACUUUCUCAAGAGUGGCGUACUACAACGAGACGCACCCUUUCCUGAGAAAUUUACAGGAGUUGAGGACGCUCUUUAGGCCCAGCACGGACAUAUACACCCAUCUUGUCACGAAUGAACGUCAAUUUGCUCCACUUCCUGGAGUAGAGGCUGUCAAGAACCAGGUUGUCGUUCAGGAUGCUACCUGGUGGCUUGGGAAUACUACUAACGAUGCUUAUGUCCAGAAGGAGUCUGACUACUUUACCAAGUACACCUUUAUGGAUGUUUGGAAGGAUCAUAAAGCUCAUGGGAUGUUCGCUGACGGCACAAAAACACCUGAUAACACCACCUACGGUGCCUUUCUCGUCCAUAAUACGGUUGACACCUACUUUGGAGGGCCACUGCACUCCGAUCUGGUGGUCGAUGGGAUUGUGUACAACUACAUGGUCUCAAACCAUCAUGGCGAACAAACUCCAAACAUUACCAAUGGCUUUGAUCGUACUUUUGGCCCAUCCUUCUUUUACUUCAAUCAUGGCCCAGCCGGGGCAUCCAUACACGACUUGCGACAGGACGCCGAACAGUACGCUGACCCGACUUGGAAUGCCGAGUUCUACGAUGUCAUUGCUCCUUUCGUCACCAAUUACGUCCCGACUUCCAGCCGCUCGACCUUUCGACUGCAUGUAGAUCUUCCUCAAAGUGCUCAGAAUCCCGUGGCAAUUCUCACCGAGAACCAUCACUACCAUCAAGACAAUGUCUACGACACAAAGGCGCUGCAAUACUGGACUCGAAUAUCACCCAACGGCGAUGCCGCCAUCCCCCGAGUUGCGCACGGUAGCUAUCGACUAACCAUAAUAGCUGACGGUAUCUUCGGUGACUAUGUCAAGGACGACGUUGUCGUUUCGGUUUCACCCACUACUCCACGUACACAUGCCCGCUGGCGUGAGGAGUCAGCCGGCACCGAGAUAUUUCGCAUCGGAACGCCGGAUAAGAGUAGCGGCGAGUUCAAGCAUGGCUACGAGCCGGACCAGACCAAGCCCCUGCAGCCAGAGCAGUAUCGGAUCUAUUGGGGCGCCUAUGACUUCGUGGAGGAUUUCCCCAACGGGGUCACAUUCAAGGUGGGGGAGAGCAAGGAGGUCGAUGACAUGAACUACAUUCAUUGGAGCGUAUUUGGAGGCCGUGGGAAUCAUCGUCGGCCCGAACCAUACUUUGGAAAUGGAGACGUCAACAACUGGACCAUCAAAUUCGACGUCAACGAGGAAAACAUACAGAAGAAGAGGGAGGCUACCUUUACGGUGCAACUGGCAGGGGCAAAAACGGCAGCGGGCAACACAGAUGUUUUCAACGCCAGCGAACCGCACGCCAACCUGGCGUACACCGUGAACGUGAACGGCGCCGAUCUUGCCCCCUGGAUCAUCCCAUAUUACCAUUCGAGCUCAUGUGGUGUAAGGUCGGCAGUCAUCUGCUUCAACCUAGCUCACAAGUUCACCUUUGACCCGACCCUUCUUAAGCCGGGGGAGAACAAGAUCGUGUUGAGCCUGCCAUAUGCCGCGCAGAACUACGAGUCUGCACUACUGACAAGCUCGGUUUACGUACAAUAUGACGCGUUGAGGCUGGAGAUCCGAUAAAAACGACAAUAAUACGGCCUCAUUUACUGCUCCUUUUUUGGGUUUUUGAUACAAGAAAGUAACCCAAGCUGCGUGGCAUUCAUUACUUGGUCUUUGGAAAGCGCUUUAAUUGUUUAGCCGAUCACACAUGUUCAAGCUACAUUGGUUGCUGCUGUUGUGCACGCAUUUACAGCAGUAACAGCAACUUUGAACAAAUAAAAGGUCCCAUGACUCAAAGCUUGGACGCGGUUGUCCUACUGGACAUUGAACAACACUCUCCUGAGGCCUCGUCAGCUGUGAGACUGGAGUAACCAACGGACAUAAGGGUGAGGGGGUGCGUUGCUUUCGUUUCCAUGCUUCCCCCUCGGCACUAUUACUUUUAUCCGCUUCCACGACUGCCAUCUCCGUUGGAGAAAAAGGGGGACUUGUUGUGCUUGGAAUUCAUGUCCACGAAGGGCUGAGUUAUAUGUCAACUUUCUUCCAGCCCCGAUUUGCGUGGCAGUCUAAGAUUAGCCAUUACUACGGGUUAGACGAAGAUUUCGCCAGCUUUUGCCAAUCGGCUUGAAACACUCGUUUCGGAGACGAGGACUUUUACCCAUUCCAGCGUUGUCUGUUUCGCUAGUGCAUCCAUGACAACGGGCGCAACAAAAGAGAGAGAGAGACGGAAAAGAAGAAAGACGAAAGAAACCCUGGGAAACCCACUUAUCCCUCACAAGCGAGCCAAGGUACCGGAUCUGACUUCUAGAACUAGAAGCGCUAAAGGACCACUUCUCGGCUGCUCUGUCCAUAUAGUGACAUCCCGGGGCUUAUGUACCGGGUCCAAUCCGACCUCCCAAACUGCCAAAAAAAAAACCCCUUUAGUCCCGGCUCGCAGCAUGAACCCAAAUUUCUCGUACCCUCGCUCGCCUCCGACGCUUUUCUACAUGACACGACCCCCCAGGAGCCUAUUUCGGGCUGCGUUGCCCAUAACAGAGUACCUGAGUUAAGAGCUGAAAGCGACACGCACAGGCACAGGCAGUUUGAACUUUGCCGACAGAAAUUGCCGACAAGGAUGGAAAAAUACAAAAGAAACAGAAGAAAGAAAUAUAGAAACCAUCCCCUAGCUGCUUCUGGUCUAGUUGGCGUUGUGGACAUGUCGCCAAUGGGAGAGCAUCCUGCCAGAUAGCUGGACGACUACCGACAUUGGGUACCUACCUACCUACCUAGGUACCUCGGUACCCUCAGGGUAAAAAGUAACUUUUUCUUUUCUUUUCGUG